CCAACCGGUUUCAAUUUGCCACGCCUUUUCGAUUCCUUCCGUCUUCCCUCGAUUCCCUCCAGAAUCUUUCGGACUGGCCUCUCUAAUUUGCUCUAGGCUUUGCGAUCUGGAUCGAAAAAGGUUGCAUCUUUGGAGUCCAUGGCUGAAGUUUUGCCCGGAAGGAGUCUCCUUUCGCCAUUUGGCGGCCACGAUUCCUUCAUGCUUUCUUCGCAGAGGAGGAACCCUUCUCUUGCGGCGUUCCGCUGCGGUGCCUCGCGGAAGAUCGACCCGUUGAGGCCUUCUUCUUCUUCUUCUUCUUCUUCUUCAAAGAGUAGUAGUUUCCAUGGCAGAGAGUUGGUUACUGGGCCGCCGAGAGGGAGGCCCGUGAGGGGUUACCUCCCUUUGAUCCCCUUACAGGUGCGUAGAAGCUUCAAAUCCCGAUCUUUCCCCCUUUUAUUCUGAUUAAUAGGUAAAGAUUUGAUAUUUUAUGAUAUAAAUUAGGUAUCUUUUUCGUUUCAAGUUUCUUCUUGAAGUUCCCCUUUUUAGUUUCGGGCUUGUUUUUGCAGGUGAAAAUUGUCUUUUUCCCGUUGAUCUUAUGCGAAUCCUAAAAAUUUGUGGUUUUCCUUUGUUUCCCCCCUUCUCUCCUUGGCGUUCUUUCUCAAUAGUCAAAAUAUUUCUGAUUAUAGGUUAGCUUAUGCAUGGGAAUAAUUGGUCUUUUUCGCAUCUUCUGCAGAACCUAAAAAGCCGUGAUUGCUGUAUAGAUUUCUGGUUACUUUGAACUUUCUAGCGACCACGUUUUCGGGUGACACUGCAAAUGACUCUUCCCAUUGGGAAAUCUUUGGAAUGGUUGGACAAGGCUCUCCAGCCCAACAUGAAGGUGAUUGAGUCGGCACAGGAUCUCCAUGACUCGUUGUUGAACGCAGGUGACAAGCUCGUCAUUGUAGAUUUCUUCUCCCCUGGAUGUGGAGGCUGCAGGGUCCUCUACCCAAUGAUCUGCCAGUUUGUAGUGAUGAACCGUGGUGUUCUAUUUCUUCGAAUAAAUCAUGAGAAGCACAAGUCCAUGUGUUAUAGCUUGAACGUUCACGUCCUCCCCUUUACUAGGUUUUACCGAGGAGCACAUGGUCGCCUGUGCAGCUUCAGCUGCACCAAUGCAACUAUCCAUAAAUUCAAAGAUGCAUUGGCCAAUCGGAGCUUCUAGCUUUGGCUGCAAACGAGGAUCUCUCCUUCAAUUACACCAGAAAACCUGUUCUUGCUCCAAUUCUUGAUGAUGUUGCAGACAGAGCUGCCGCAAGCCCAAUACUUACUAUCCCUGCAGCUCCUUAAAGGCUCAUCCAGGAUUCUGAGGACAAGGCCUUGGUCACAGCUGGGGGAUGAAGAGGUGGACAAUGAAGUCCCAUCUCCAACUAUAUAUCUACCUACAUUGUUCUCCAAACUGUCCUGUGUAGUUGUACGCCCUUGUCGGUGUC